AUGACGCACCUGCCGGACUGGUCGUAUCGGCUCCGCACCUCUCUCGUCUCGGUCGCCUUCCCGAGCGGUCUCACCUCCAUCGGCGAAGGCGCCUUCAUCGGCUGCUCCGCCCUCGUCUCUAUCAACCUCCCUGCCAGCCUUACCUCCAUCGGCAACGAAGCCUUCGCCAGCUGCUCCUCCCUGACCACCAUCACGCUGCCGCUGCCCGAUGGCCUCUCGAUUGGCGACGGUGCCUUCUUCGACUGCCCCCUCGACGACGAAGCGAAGGCAGCAGUGCGGGCCAUCAACUUUUGGGCGGUGCGGCCUCCAAUCGACGCGCAGGGGCACGCAACCGUGCCGGAGGGCCUCACCACCAUCACAAGCAGCGCCUUCUCCGACUGCUCCUCCCUCGUCUCCGUCACCCUCCCCGCCGGCCUCGUCUCCAUCGGCAGCCACGCCUUCGAGCGCUGCUCCGCCCUCUCCUCCGUCACCCUCCCUGCCAGCCUCACCUCCAUCGGCAGCCACGCCUUCGAGCGCUGCUCCGCCCUCACCUCCAUCACCUUCCCCGCCAGCCUCACCUCCAUCGGCAGCAGCGCCUUCUACCGCUGCUCCGCCCUCUCCUCCGUCACCCUCCCUGCCAGCCUCACCUCCAUCGGCAGCAGCGCCUUCUACCGCUGCUCCGCCCUCUCCUCCGUCACCCUCCCUGCCAGCCUCACCUCCAUCGGCAGCAGCGCCUUCGACGGCUGCUCCGCCCUCUCCUCCGUCACCCUCCCCGCCGGCCUUACCUCCAUCAGCAGAGGCGCCUUCUACCGCUGCUCCGCCCUCUCCUCCGUCACCCUCCCUGCCAGCCUCACCUCCAUCGGCAGCAGCGCCUUCUACCGCUGCUCCUCCCUGACCCGCGCCACCGUGCCAGACACGGCCACCCUCGGCUACACGGCUUUCGAUUCUGAGACCACCGUCCUCCGCCUCCCGCCCGCAAAGAUGCGCUGGUACGAGGCGGUGGACGGGGCUCUGGCCUACAAGCGCUGCCGCCCCCUCCUCUACGGCUGGCUAGAGCGGGCCCAGACCAGGCUCGGCUCUUACGGCCCGGAUGGCGCGGCGCGCCAGCGCGACCGCGAGGAGUUCGAGGGCGACUUUGCGCACCUCGCGCUCCAUGCAGACUGA